UUCUCCUUCCGAUUAAAAAUGAAUUUAAAUGAAAAAAUAUAAUAUCUGCAACGUAAUAGAUGAAUGUUAAAUAUGAAAGUUAAAGAAAUAUUUCUCGUCGUCAUGUUUACUCUUUCGGCAAUAUGACGUUAGUUCCGGGCGUCGAGUCGAUAGGAGUCUGGCUGGGUCGAGAGUCGAGACUGCCAGAAAUGCAAAGAAGAAGAAGUGGCUCUCCGUCGCCAUGGCACUGAUCGAUUUUUGGGUACUCCACAACCCGGGGACGACUGAGCUCGAGUGGACACUAUGACAACAGACAGUUACCCACGGCCAAAAUGCAAUUUUAUAAGUAAGCGGCGAAGGACCAUGACACUGACGACGCUGCUUUUUUACGGCACCGCUCUGGGGCUCCUCGUUGUCGGCCUGAGAGAGUUGCUCGCAGGCUUUGAGGAAAACCGAUGCCGUAUGACCUACAUGUUCGAGUACCCCGAGUAUCGGCGUGUGCCGUUGCCUCGCCGCGUGUCCAGAAUGUACCCGGCAUACGGGCUCUAUCUGUAUGGCGAGGGUCUGUACGCCCAGGAGACACGUGACCUUCAACUCUAUGGUGCCCCUGUUCUCUUCUUGCCUGGAAAUGCAGGAAGUUACAAACAAGUUCGUUCUCUCGGCUCGGUGGCCUUGAGGAAGGCAGAACGUGCAGAAGGUGGUCUACAUUUUAAUGUUUUCACCUUGGACUUCAAUGAAGAACUGGUGGCCCUGUAUGGCGGCAGUUUACGGCGGCAGACGCAGUUCCUAUACGAGAGCGUCAAGGCCAUUCUGGAACUUUACAAGCACUUGAAGACACCUCCCAAGACCGUGGUACUUGUCGGCCACUCCAUGGGCGGCGUGGUGGCUCGAGCACUGUUGAUGUUGCCCCGAGUCAAAUCCAAUCUGGUUCGUUUUAUCAUCACCUACGCAUCCCCUCACGUAGCACCAGUGCUGGUCCUGGACCCCUAUCUGCAGGAUUUCUAUUCAUCACUGAAGAUAAAAUGGACAAAGCAGGCAGACGAGUUGAGAAACGUGACGGUGUUAUCAAUUGGCGGUGGAUACCGUGAUUUUCAAGUACGCUCAGGACUCACCUCCUUACCUUGUCCUCCAGGCGACACAAGUAAAUUGUCCAUGGUGGCUACUGCAGUUCCGAGGACCUGGGUUUCCACUGACCACUUAUCCAUAGUGUGGUGCAAUGAGCUCAUUCUGGCUACUGUCAGGUCUUUCUUUGACCUCGUCGAUCCUGAAACCAGACAGUUCACUGACAACACAUCUAAGACAGUUGCUGUACUCAACCACCACUUCGUUCAGCACCCUGGCCGAACAUUUGGAGACACUGAGGAAACCUCUAUCUCCAUGCUAGAUGCCCCAGAAGCUUGGAGUGAAGUGAAUACAUUGCGUCUGGCAUAUAGCACACCAAAGGAAGCAGAGGUCAAAUAUUUUAUGUUUGCCCUUUCAAGUCGCAGGAAGGCCUACAGUCAUAUCUACUGUCGGAGCAACAACCCGGAUAUGAUCAGCUGGGUGUAUGGCUGUGUGCGCCAGAGUGGUUCUUCCUGUGAGCAUGCAGUGGAUUUGUCAAAGGGGACUGAGCUUCUGCCUCCAUAUAAGGUCUUGAUGCUUAGCCUCAGUGACUUGUCUUCGUACACUCAUCUGGUGGUGUCAGCCUCCAACCUCAAUGGCAAACAGUUUAUGGUGGAGUGUGAGUGGCAAAGGCAACAAUCUCUUACUCAGUCGAUUGCUGUUCCACAUGUUCUCUCUUUAGGUUUGACAGUCAGUGAAGUUACUGUGAACUACACUGGACUUCUUCACACAAUUGAGCUGAAAGACUUUCAUGAGGUCUACCAGGCUUUCCGAAUUAACAUUGCAAGUCAGUGUAAGUCUCAGAAAGUUAGUGGACUGCUUAGUGUCUACAGAAUGAAGGUACCAUGGUUCAUGGAGGACUUUUUAACAACAGCCAGUGUGCCUUCAGUGACGGAAAUAUCUGGGAUGCUGCACACUAAUCGUCCAAACAACAUGGUGCAGUCACAUGUCCUCCUUUAUCUCCACACUGCACCCAACUGCCAAUAUAAAGUUACCGUCAGGACGUCAUUAACAAAGGUGUUGGGACAGGUCGUGCGUUUCUUUCUCCCAAUGAUUCCAGUGUACACGACUGUGACCCUCCUGCUGGCCUUCGGUGCUCAACUGUCCACCAUCCGAAAGUCACAGGGAGCUGCACCAAUGAGCCUCGUGCUCUGCAAAGGCCUCCAACCACACAAAAUUACCCUGUGUAUUUCUAUCCUACACAUUCUAUUUAGUCGGUUAAAAGCCUCGUGGUCAAUUAGCCUUCCACUGGACAUUGCCCCUCCCAUUUUCCCUGAUGCAGCGGUUCUUGACACGUCUCUGGACUGGCCGUACUUCCUGCAUCCGCUCCUUUACAUCUUGGGUGCUGCUGUGGCAUUCUGGAGCAGCGCACUGCUACGACUCGUCACGCGGCUGUUUUCGUUUAUGUUAGCCCUGCUUUACAGACCGUCCAUCUCAAGAGACUGCGGCACUCUGCGCCCUUGGAUGCAGAUCACCAUUACGUUCUUUCUGAUGUUCAUGGGCCUUAAAACCUGUGGAGCUCUGGCCAUCAUGGCUGCCUUUGCUUUUCACCUGUACAGGGUACUGAGGCUACAGAUGACCGAGCGAUCCAUGCGUCACAUCCUCAAUCUGGCACCUCAUAAACACAAAGAAAAUUUCAUAAUGGAGACCAACGUAAGCAAUGACGAGACAUUGCUGUCAGAGAGAGUGCUACGGGAGGCCAAAGAUGACCUGCAGCUCCACCUGUGUCUGUCGGCGCUCUUUACUGUACCUGUGUUGCUCAGUGGACCCUCGCUCAUCUACUGGGGCCGCAACCUGAGGCACUAUACUCAGCUCGAUCCUGAUCCUUGUAGGCUGUACUUGUUACCGUUGAUCAUUGCAUACGUGCUGCUUAUAAACUGCGACACUCGGACGCUAGCCAAAAGUAAACUGCUGCAACUGACAUCAAUGCUACCAUUGCCCAUUUCUGCCGCUAUGGUGUUCUUGACUCCGCUCCACCUCUACAGACUGACGUACUUCUUGUUGGGGGUCCUUAUUCCUCUGGUGUUAUGUUGCCUUCUAUGACGGUACCAGUUUUUUAUGGAUUUUUUUUUUGUUUUUUUGUUUUUUUUGCGAAAAGUCUUCUUUGUUGAAGCUCUUUUUGGGUGAAUACUUGAUCCUGUUUUAUUUUUGUUUGCCUUGAAGCUGAGCCAUAGGCAUACAUUAACACCUUCUCAAUAUGCAGUGGUACCUCAACUUAGGAGUGACAAGAAUUAUUUAACUCAUUCAGUGCCAAAGACCUUAUCAUGCAAACGUUUCAUGUCAAAGCCUAAGCCUCACUGCCGAUGCCUUCAAAGGAGCGUGCUGGCAACUGAACAGUAGGCCAGAGUGUUUAGCAUAGUUGUCUGCGCUCUCCGCUGCCAUUAUGGCAGCCUGGGUUCAAUCCCCGUUUGUAAAAAAAAAAAUAUAUAUAUUAGUUAUGUUAAGCACAUUCAAGUAAUAUUUUUACCUUGAGUAUAUUUGUGAAGGCCAAACGAUUUUUUGGAAAUUGCCUUAGCAUAAUGGCUGUCGCAAAUGGCUGUAAAUGGGGCUCUGUCUCUUUAAGAACCUCCUUCCCUACACCGAUGCGCCUCUUUCACUAAUUAAUUCUCCAAGUGCGCAAACACACACACCUACACACACACAUCCGGCUUACUUUUGUUUUCGGAGGGAUGUUUUUGGACAAAUUAGAGAAAGUUCAAUUUUAUAAUAGUGUUUUUUUUUUAAAAGGGCAACGGAAAAUAUUGGCGACGUGGACAAAUAUGGCAACUGCUGACAAGUGUUGGCACUGGUACCUCCGAUUUGACAGCAAGAUAAGAUUUUGAGGAAUAAAACGUUAGAGCAUUAAAAAGAGGGUAUUCCUUUCAGGGCAUGGGGGCAUAAGUAUUAAUUGCUGCGUGCCAUUUUGUCAAAUUACAACAAAGAAUGUUCUAAUCCUCUUCGUUCCGUGUGGAACAUAAGGCCAUGACUAUCAAAAGUUUACUGUGUACUGACUACAACCGUUUACGGCUUAAUUCAUAUAUUGGUGUCUUUUUUUUGAAUGAUGCCAACAUCUAGACCAGUGCAUGUCAUUGCUCCUUUUUUGCAUUUUCCCUUUUGCUUUGACUUGCCACUUUUAUGUUUGUAUGAACUGAUUUAUACCUGUUCCAAUGAACUGCUCCAACACAUCAGUGACAAGUUCCCCCCCCCCCACUCAAUAGACGUCAUAAAGCACAUUUCAUAUAGUUAACACCCAUGACCAGAUGUCAGUCCUCUAAAUUUGGCGACAAUGAUGUAGCUUAACUAAAUCAGUGAUAGACUUUAUAUACCUUUUGAAACAACCCAUCUAUUAUAACUAGUUCUUCAUCCUGUACAAGUAAGUGGUGACACUUUGCAGCCAUAGCUCUGUGCCCAAUCCACGUGGAGGCCCAGUUUACCCAAAUUUUACAUUUUGAAUCCCUCUCCAACCUGGGCCCCUGCGAAUGCCCCGCCAGUCCUUCCUCAAGCUCCACCCUUGUACCAAUCCAUUUGAGCUGCCAGCCCUCCCAGUUCAAUUAGCGAAUGAGUUAAUUAUGCUAUUAAUGUUUUUUUUUUUUUUUUUUUUUUUUUUUUUAAUCAUAUGCAAUAUUUGGGAAGCAAAUUUCUACCACAACAUGAAAAUAAAUUUCAGUAACAUGCAAUACACCUUGAGAAUUUCAUGUUACUAUUUUGAUCAUGAUAAAUUUCUCAUCAUAACAUAGGUUUUAAGUUAUAACGCAAAAAGACAUCACGGAAACUAUUCAACUGGUAUGUUGAGGCAUCACUGCAUUUGAAUGAAAAACGUCAGUCUUGGAGCAUGUGGAAUAUUUUGUUGCCAAUUAGGAUCAGUCUGGUUAACCCAGUUUGCCUUCCACUGUAUAUGAAUGGCUCUACCCAUCUUGGCAACCACGUUAAGCUGCUGAUACGUAUAUCUUUAUCGGCAGGGUUUCACUGGUUUUUAAGUUGUUGUCUUUUUUCGUCGUAAUACUGUUUAAAGUCCUACACUGCCUUUACCGACGGACUGUUGAAACUUGGCCUCAUCUCUUGCCAGUUAUCAUGCAUUCCACAAGAGAACCAAAAGUGACCCGUGUUUAUACACACAAUCAAAUGCAGUACAAAACUACACAUUUGAACAGAACUGAAGAGAUAGUGUUAACAGAAAAAGUGAAUUUUGAAUGUCUACUGUCCAAAUUGUGGGGUCACUGGAGUGCCCGACUACCCAUUAAGUCUGAAACGACGCCUUGAUAAAUCAGUGACCCAAUUAUUUGAAUACAAGCAAUAGAAAGCUGUUUCUAUAGUUUCCCCUUAAUUUGGGAGGCUGAAUCUUUUCAAGUUGAACAUCAGGUGACCGUUGUCUGUGUGGACACCAAAUGCCUUCAGACCCUGAACGGGGUGCAGAUUUUCUGUCAUUUCUCAGACCUUGGAGCAUAGCGCUCACAUCCGCAGCAUCCUGCACGCUACAGCGACUCCAUUGCUCUUCAAAUGGUUAUUUGUAGUCUCUGCCAAGCGACACAACUGCCAUCAUUAUGAGACGAUGUUGUUUUACUGGCAAGCAUCUCUGGUUUCAUCAAAUAUACAUGUUUGAUCUAAUGAAUGUGUCCAUGUUGUGGAUAUUUAGUCAAGUAAAUCAUUCCUUAAAUAGUCUUUUUUUCUUUUUCUUUUUUUCAAAAGUGACUGUUAAUGGUACAAUAAACCCAAUUGUGUCUAUAAUACAUACAUAUGCAGCAAAUUUGGCUGAUUAUCUGAUACUGCUCUAUUUGAUUGUAUUUGUCGUUUUACCAAUCAUUCUGGACACUAAACAAUAUUUAAUUUUCAUAUUAAUGCACAAAAUGACCAAAAGACUGAGGGUGAAGAGAGACUAAGCAGAAGCAAAUUAUCACAACUGGUUUUGUGCACCGUAUAUUCCCAUGCAUAUGAAAUUGUAUGUCAUUGCUUUGCUCCCUCUUGUUUUGUCCAUUUCAGAGGAACAGCACAAACCUUGGGUCGGUCACUUCGACCGGGUGUAUUCACUAAUGCAAACGUGUCCUCCUAACCAUGAUAAUUUAACUUGCAAGAAGUUUGGAUUACACGUUUUAUAUGUUGAUAGCAUAAUAAGAGGGAUAACCAUCUGUGCUAACCGUGCACUUCAUGAGCAGGGUGCAUGAUAUUAUUUAACUUAAUUUGAAGUGCCUCUUUGUAAAAAGAACAACCUGUAGGAAAGGCAGCAAGUGGGACUCUGUUGCAGGAUUUUGUUCAAAGAUACUGUCAUAAUAUAUACUGUUAUAAAAAGCUGUGUAAUGUUGUGAGGAAAAAAAUGAAUGAUGUGCCAUUUUUUUGUGUUUGCUUUUUGCGUGUAUUUGAAUGUCUUCACUGUGCAGUGAUAUGGGUUUUAUGGAACUUAAUCAAAUUUGGAGCAAGGCUGAUUUGAUCUGCUCAUGUCUGGUUUGGUGUAUGUGUGUGUUUAACACCCUCCAAAAAGGAAUUCACUAUAAUCAUGGACUGUGAAUAUAGUUAUGUAGAACCUGCAAGUACUCCAAUGUGGUUACUGCGUGGUUCAGGCCUGUACACAAUGUAAUUCACUACAUUAUUUUUGUGAUCUCUUGCAUAACUAAAAGGACAAGUGACAAAUUAAAAAUACAUUGUUUUUAUUUUUUUAAUGUCCAACUAAAAUUAUCAAAAUAGUAUGGACCAAAAAUGUAUCAAUGACAUUUGGGCAGCAUUUUAUUGCAACCUGCAUAACAUAUUCCAUCCAAGAGACCAUGGAUGUAGCAAAACGACUUUAGAGUAUUUUGAUAACAUUUAAAGAAGGUACAAUAUUUAAAGGAGUAUUAGCAAAAAUGAAGGAUAGAUUUUUGUUUUGUGGUUUAAAUAAAAUCUCAGCAUUGCUGCAGAUAAACAGGACACAUGAGAGGUGUGAAAAUCAGUUGCUGCAGCAUACUGGCUGUUAAUGACCACUAGAUGGUGGCCUCCUCCAUGCCGAUGACUUAAUUUGAACACACGUUGCCAGAGUUUAUUUCCAAUGUAACCUAUAACUACAGUGCUGGCCAAAAGUAUUGGCACCCCAGCAAUUCUGUCAAAUAAUGCUCAAUUUCUCCCAGAAAAUGAUUGCAAUUACAAAUGCUUUGGUAGUGAUAUCUUCAUUUAUUUUGCUUGCAAUGAAAAAAAUAAAAAAACUACAAAAGAGAAUGAAAAAAAAUUAAAUCAGUAUCAUUUUACACAAAACUCCAAAACAGGCCCGGAUCUAGGUUUACCCACCAGAGUGGACACCCCCAAUGCAGGCUUUUUUUACACUCUGCAUUUCUCUGGGCUUGGGACCGGUGCAAGUAGGACACUGGCUUGUGUCCCGUUGAGGCUGCAUUAAUUUUUGGGGGGUUUAUUUUUAUUUUUUUCCCAUUCAUCUAUCUACUGAUUCUCGCAGUCGGCGUGAUGUCACGAUGACGUCAUCUGGCAUUGCAACAUGUCGCCAUUUUGAGAGGGGGGCACGCACAGGUAAACAUCCGUAGAUAAACGUCUGAAAUUCAUAUAUUUCAGCUGUGUUUUGCGUCUUUUUUUUUUCAUAAAAAUGUCUUAAACAUGACUUAUUAUUAUCGCGAGUCACUGCCGUGACGCGAGGAGGCGAUACAACUUAAAAUUUGCGUGUAUUGGCCUGCAAAGCUGCCCAUACAAAGACGCAGCUGAUAGCUGGAUAAACAAUCCAAAAGAAUUGCCUGCAGUGGAGUUGGGGAAACAUCUACAACUACCUCAUAAAGUCACCCAGUAAGUUGACCUUAAUCAAUUACGUGGAAUAUGUACUGUGUGGAACGAAGAAAAGUGGUAGUAUAUAUGGAGUGAUUAUUUCUGCCGUAACUGGUGAUUCCCCUCCAAGCGUUAUUUAGCCAUGAACACGUCACGGCAAAAUAACCAAUUCCCACCAGGCCAAUAAUAUACCGAUUGACCUAUCAGAGCAGUUCACGGCAAAAGAAAAAUAACGCUUUGCGAAUUGUCGGUUACGGUAAUAAUAACCACUGCCUAGUCUAUUGAAUCAUAGCAGCUAAUUGGGGCAAAAAAAAAAAAAAAUCGAUUAAAGCUUACUCACCAGUAAUAAAAUGUCGGCUGCAAACGUAAAUGUGCCUGGAUUUAGGUUCCCACUGGCGAGAAUGGUCCACAGAACAGUCUCCUUUUAUUGUUCCUCAGUUGAUUGCUUUCAGCCAUUUGCUUGUCCUUUUCUCAUGAGGAAAAAUGAAGAAUUUCAAAUGCGGCUCCGAACUCUUCCUUGUGUUACAACCCACAACACGGCAACUUUUAGUCAUUCCGAUGGGAAAAAAAGACCGCAAAUAAGACAAAAGUUCAACGCGCUUGUACUACAAUACAAAACAAAGCAACUGCUUGUGACUCGUGUUUUGCCCCCAUUUCAAUAUGGCGACGCUUUGUUGUGGCUGGUGACGUCAUUGAUGUCCGGAUGUCCGACUGCGAGAAUGUGUCUGGAGGAGAGAGAAGAAGCGCGCGGAUAACAAACGAGGUUGGAAAAACAACAUGUUUUGGUGAUUGCUUGUUCGGCGUGGUUGCGGCCAACAGUAACCGUUAAUCCUGCAAUAAAAAAGUAGGCGAGACCAACUUUCCUUGCGUUCUCUAUAUCCAGUGCGACGCUACAAUAGAUAUUCCCGACAUUUUGAUUGGGUGGGCAU